AAAUCCUAGACUAGAACUAAGUACAAUACAAUGAAUUUCAAAGUCUACUUCAUCGUCUUGAUCAACAUCUUCUACGCCUGCUCGUCCCCAUAUUUGAAUCACCUGUUGACGAAGAGGACGAGGUUCUGCGGCUCUCAUCUCACUAACACCUUGAGCAUGAUCUGCCAAGGACGAUACCCAUCCUACGAAAAGAAAUCCUUUGGAGAUGGGUUGGGCAUCAGCGAAUACGAAGGAGACUACGACGACGCAUCAGAGGCUGAGAUAGACUUCCCAUUCCUCUCCAAAGCCCUGGCAAAGUCUUUUGUCCCACAGAAAGUCCGAAGGCAAGGAGUUGUCAGCGAGUGCUGCCACAAGUCAUGCACGCUCAACGAAUUGAGGUACUACUAUGGAGAAACCUUAGCUUACAAUGAAGUCGAAGACGACUACAACGACGUAAGUGAUGGCGGAUUCGAUUUUCCGUUUCUGUCGAAAGAAUUCGCAAAGUCCUUCGUUCCUCAGAAACCUCGCAGAGAAGUUGCUGACGAGUGUUGCCACAAACCCUGUACGAUUGAUGAAAUGCGAUAUUACUGUGGAAAAUGA